AUGGUGGGGAUAACGACAGAAGUCCUCGAGUUUUACCGUAUCGUACAUCUUCGAAGUCCUCACCUUUCCAUUCAGGCCUUUGUCAAGUCGCUGUGUGAUUUACGGGGGGCCGAAUUUCAUAGGCACCUAUCAUGCCAAUUCUCCAUUGCAUUCGACCUGUACCUCCAGGUACGACGUUGCGUGGCGGCAAUGGUGGCCAAAUCACUUCGCCGUGACUCGCCGGAUUGGCGUCUUAAACAUGUGUGCCCUGCUUGCACAUAUGAGUUAGUGGACGAAGAAGAUCUAACAUUCAAGCUACUAUACGCGAUGGAUGGCAAUGAUUCCUUGAAACGAGUGCUCCGACGGUCUUUAGAUCAUGAUGGCGAGUCUCUAGGUCCAUCCUCUGAACUUCCUACAGGUCAGCAACUCACCAGUGACCGCUACCUACCCCGCACAUUUGUCAACCAGUUCGCUUCGGACAUAUCGGACACCACCGCUGUGGAUAAUAUUAUUGUAGAAAACGAGCCUACAGAUAACUCCUGCGCCGGGCGAUGGAAAAACAUGGACGACGCCAAGACGAAGAAGGCUUGGGGUAUCUAUGACGAGACUGGUAUAUUUGUGGCCGUCUGUCGCCAUGGGUUUUCUCUCGUCAUCGCAGACAUGGUGCAGAGCGGUGAGCUUGCGAAGUAUCCUCUGGCUGUCGUGUCAAAAUUGAUGGACGUGUUCGGGAAACAAUUGGGUGGUGGAUACAAUAUAGGUUGUCAGUUCAAGACGACACUUGACAACAGUUCCAUUGGACCUCUCGCACGCUCACUGCAACACACUUGUCUCGUUGGUGCCUUCCAUGGGCAUGCGCACAGGCGAUUGUGCCAGCUUUUCUCACUUACUACUUACAUCAAAGGUUUAGGACUCGAGGACCUGGAAACGUGCGAACGGACAUUUUCUAAAUCUAAUUCCCUAGCGUCCGCACUACGUUAUGCAAGUGUAUUCCAUCGACAACAGGCCAUCGACGCCUAUUUCGAGCACAACGACAACUUCGAAGUAUACGCCAAUCUUUCCGAUUUUUUAUACAGCAACUACAAGCAGGCACUUGCUAUCUUGAAUGAUGGUAAUGCGACCCUUCCAACGCUUAUACGAGAUCUCAAAAUCCCGGAUGAGACUGUUUUCGAGCAAUGGCUGGAGGAAGAGAAGGUAUAUCUACAAAGUCUGACGCGAGAACCUGAGGACGAAACGUUGCAGAUGGAAUAUUGGCAAAAGUUGACGAGUCUUACUGCGAGCAAGGAGGCUCUGGACGCUGCAAUGUCAGCUUUCCAGGGCUCAUCUCACCUGGAGGCUGCCUCGUAUGAUGUGCAGGCAAAAAACACCCAGAAAGCCGAAACUGCGCACAUUAAAGUCGUUCAAGCACUCGAGUGCAAGCUUGAGGUCGAGAAACGCUGGACUCCCGAAGAUCCGCAAUGGCAGAAAGUUGGAAGACUCGUUGCAAACCGGAAAUACCAGCGUGCACUGGAUCGCCUCGAAGGAUUAAUUGUGGCACGCAUAUUUGAGCUGACGAAGAUGAAUCGGGCAGGCACAGGCUAUAAACUAAGGAAGCAUAUAGCUAAAGCACUACAGACUCGUUCUGUCGCUAUCCGAUCUGCUCUAAACACGUACAACUCCAUCGCCAGCUCGAUGUACCCCCCACGCCAGACUCUCAAGUGGGAAGAUGUUGUGGAGUACGCAUUUCUCGCAGACUUCGAUCUGCUACAUGACACGCGUGCAGAUGUGUCUCGACAUCCUUGGUCAUCACCCGGUGCUCGUAGCGCGAUGGACCUAUACUUCAAAAUGUGUCGGGCACCGACAUAUAUACAAGAUGAGGACAUUUAUCUGCGGAGGUGCGAAGAUCAAUUGAAGGAUGCAAACCCGGCUCUUGCCCAUCAGGUUGCGUUACAUCGAAAUAUUCGAGGACGAUUCAACUCACGGCAUUUGAACCGGCUCUACGAUAUAUCUAGGCUCAGUGGUUUCAGCGGGAUAAUAACACCAGGUGCCAGCAUUAACACCAGUCUCGGGGACAGCGCCAGCACAUCAAACGCGUGGAUUCCAUCAGCGCUACUUACAGAACACAUGCCGUUAGAUAAAGGUGCAUCCGUAGAUUCAGACACUCAAGAUGAUUUGGAUGGCGAGGAAGAGGAAGAGGAAGUAGCAGAGGAAGUAUCAAGGAGUCUUCAAGAUGUCCUACGCAUUGCUGAUGAUUUCUCGCAGCUUGAACUUCAUGGCAAUACUGACGAUGAGAGUUAGUAUAGUCCGAGUCUAGUUUACAUAUGCUAUUGUACUGAUACACGUAUCGUGAUACUUACUUGAAUGCCAUGCGUCGAAACGCG